AAAGCGGAGAAGCAGAAGAUCUGGCCCAUCACAGAAGCUGCUCUGUGGACAGUACCCUCUUGCCAGCAUAUUUUAAUUUUACGUCCACAAACCCCAAGUGGAAGAUGGCAUCCAGAGGUGCUCAGCAACCAUCCUGUGGUCCUCCCGACUCUAACACAUCUUGCAGACGAGGGCGUAAAAAAGAGGACAAGGAGAAAAUUCACAUCUGUUCAGAGUGCGGAAAGAGUUUUAAUCGACAGAGUAACCUCAAAGCCCACCAGCGCAUUCACACAGGAGAGAAGCCGUAUCAUUGCUCAGAGUGCGGGAAGAGCUUUUAUCAACUGAUUAAUCUCCAAACACACCAACGUAUUCACACAGGAGAGAAACCGUUUUGUUGCUCAGAGUGCGGGAAGAGUUUUAAUCAACAGAAUAAUCUUCAGUUCCACCAGCGCAUUCACACAGGAGAGAAACCGUAUCACUGCUCAGAGUGUGGGAAGAGUUUUACUCAACAGAGUCAUCUCCAGCUACACCAGCAUAUCCACACAGGAGCAAAGCCACAUUGCUGCUCGUACUGUAACAGAAGUUUUAGAGACAAAGGAACUCUCAAAAAACACCAGCGCCUUCACACAGGAGAGAAACCGUAUCAGUGUUCAGAUUGUGGGAAACAUUUUACUCUACAAAGUAGUCUCCAAUCACAUCAGCGCAUUCACACAGGAGAUAAGCCAUAUUACUGCUCAGAGUGUCGGACUUGCUUCAGACAUUUGAGAACUUUGAAAACCCACAAGUGUACUAAGAUUGAGGAAGAAACACAUGAUCCAAUUUUGUUAAAUUAGAACUGUUUUUAUUUUGUUUUUGGUUAACAUGUAUUUUGUAACUGGUAUCUUUGUUUUUGCACUGGGAAUGAGGAUAAGGUCAAGGCUGUAAGAAUCAUGUAGUGGUGGUAGUAUAUGUCAGUGUUUCUCAGCCCUGGUCCUGGAGGCCCACUGGUCUGCGCCUGUUCAGACUGCAGGCAAAUUGAGUUUGUUUCCCAAAUCAGGUCUUUUAAGACGAUUGCCUGCACUGUUAUUUGCAAGUGAUCAGAAGUGCGUGUCCAGACAUCACCAGUCUAUCUUCGAGGAAUUCUUCAGCAUUCUCUGGCAUGAGCAUGAAUCUUUGGUGCUGUUCUUGAAUCCCAGCACUUCCGUCACUCUUGAUUUAACAUGGUCAUUUUUUUGUUGUGAGUGACAGAAGACACUUUGAAAUCCAAUUUGAGUGGCCAAAGAGCCACCAUUUCUCAUGUGGCUGUCUAGACUAUCAAAAUCAAAUCUGGGUGCAAUCUGGAUAGGUCAAGAAUUGGAUUUGGGCUGGCAGUCUGAACAAGGCCUUUGUGUUUUCCCUGACCCAACUAAUCAGACUAUUAUCAGCCACUUACUGAGUUGAAGUGGGUGUGUUAAAGCAAGGAAUAUACAAAAAUGUGCAGGGCUGUGGGCCACCAGGACCAGGGUUGAGAAACACUGCUAUAUGUGCAUGCAUGCCCAAAAAUACACAUGCAAAAUAGCUACCUUCUUCUUAAAUUCAGGUGUGACUUGACAUUAUUUCUUUGGACUUAGGCUAUAUAGUCUUUUGGCAUGUUAACUCUAGAGUAUUCAGUUGUAAGGGUAGCUGAGGUACCUUGUUAAAAUUCUUAGUGACUGUUGGAGAAAUGCACUCAACAAUUCAUAAAGAGGAACACAAAAAUAUCCCAGUAUGCAUUUGAAAGCUGUAUGCUCAACUUUGUAGUCUCUUGAAAGUGCAACAGUGCUAAAAAGGAGCUUGUGUCCUUUUCAGCACUAUAAGAAUAUGAUUAGCUAUGUCUUGCAUGUUAGCUGAGCUAUAGUUUGCAGAACAUGCACGAGUGGUCUCCAGCCCUCCUCCAUGAGAUCUACGUUCCUGCAGAGUUUUGUUCCAACCUGCACCUAACAUGUUACCCCUCCUUUUAAAAUGCUGCCUACUUCUUGCCAAACACUAAUGCAUCUAAUCCAGCCAAUCAAGGACUUCUGAAGAAGUUAAUUAGCUGGUGUGACAGAUUGUGGUUGGAGCUAGAUUGAACAGGAAAGUAUAUCUCCAGGACCAGGGUUUGUUACCAAAUGCAGUGCCGUAGUAUAAAACAAAGUUUUUUAUUAGCCUGCUGAUUAAUGUACUGUAAAACAUUUUAGACGUCAUGUUUCCAGAUAUAAAAUGAGAACCAAAAGUGCAUUUCUACAAGUGUUUAAAACUUGUAAAAAAACAUUUUAAACAUUUUAAAUGCUUUCAAAAAUUUGUGGGGACAUCGCUAGUGUAAAUAACGCCUAUGAAAGAGCUCUUAAUAAAGGCAGCUGUUAAUACCGCAGAAAAAGAGAUCUUUCUUAUGUUUUUCUCUUUAAUCGUGUGAUUAUUAUACUAUUGUGUAAUUGACAUGCCUUAUUGUCUUCGUUUUUGUCUUGGAUCUGAAUCUUAACCUCUAUUUGAUACGCAUUUGCCAAAACAAACACGCUAUAGACACCUGUUAACUGUUAAUCAGCCAAAUGUAUAGUAAUGCUUCACAAAAGCUUGUGUCCCUGUGGCCUCUUCAUAUAAAGGUGCAAAAAAUCUGCCCUUUUCUGAGCAGGUGUACAGUUUGUGUGGGCGGGCAGGGUCAGAUAUCUGCUUUGCAGCUCAAAUGGAACAGCAAGGCUGUGUUCAGACUGCAGGCAAAUUGGAUUUAUUUCUCAAAUCAGAUCUUUUAAGGUGACUGUCUGCACUGUUAUAUGCAAGUGACCAGAUCGAAUUUGGGUGUCCAGACAUCACCAGUCGCCAUAGUAACAAUGUAGGCAUCAGUAACUACGUAGCUACGCUGGUAACAUGGAUUUCAAACACGGAUGCAGAAGAGAUGGAGGAGCAUCAUCUCGCCCUCCAAACUCUACAGAGUUCUCUUCAUAAUCAUGAAUCUUUGGUUGUCUUCUUGAAGCCCAGCACUUCCGUCACUUUGGAAGUGACAUUGACGUUGUUUGUCGCGUUUCAAAUGAUGCAAAAAAAGACACUUUGAAAUUCUUUGCUCACAACCGCUUCAGCAGAGGUUUGGAAGCAGCUUCUCUCAUCUCUGGUACUGGAGAGGAAUAACUAGUAACGUUUGAGUUAUUUGAACACAGCUUGAGAGUUUUCGGUUCUUUAGGAUAGAUGGCAGUAAAGACGAGCAGGUCAAACUGCUCAAACUCUUUUUUGCUAUUUUCCCUUUUGUGACACUUAUCCCUUUGGCUGUCUUUCUUUGAAUCAUCAGUUAUAGAAAUGAUCAUAAAACAUUUUUUUAAUAAAUCUAAUAUGGACA